UACAAUCACUCUAUUUUGUUAUGGGCAAAAGCAAAACCAGGAGCGGCGAGCAGGACACAAAUGGAGAGAGAACGGAUGAAGCAAAACUUGCAAAAUCGGUAUCUGACGGAUCUUCCAUUUCAUGUCCAUUGAUAACGACAAUUCCACCUCCUCUCUCCCAUUUGCGAUUAACAAUUCACUAAACUAGUAUUAUCCUUCGCCACGUUCCAAUCAAGUUUCAGUCAAUAACAAGGCGCGAUGCAAGGCUUUCGAUUCUUACGAAUUCCCUUGUUUCCUUCCAAUGCUUUAUUCUUCGUCUCUCCAACUCCUCAUCUUCUUCCUGUGAAACCGAUUUCCAGAAUUCCCAUCAAGUAUUUCAGUUCCCAAAUGGGGUCAUCGCCAUCUUCUUCCUCGUCUAAGCUCUUGUUCCGUCAAUUGUUCGAGAAGGAAUCUUCCACUUAUACUUACCUUCUCGCUGAUGUUUCCCACCCUGAUAAACCGGCGCUUUUGAUUGACCCGGUUGACAAGACUGUAGAUAGGGAUCUAAAUCUUGUAAGAGAACUGGGACUGAAGCUUGUAUAUGCUAUGAAUACUCAUGUGCAUGCUGAUCAUGUCACUGGCACUGGACUCAUCAAGAGUAAAUUUCCAGGAGCGAAAUCUGUUAUCUCGAGAGCAAGUGGUUCAAAAGCUGAUGUGUUGAUUGAACCUGGCGAUAGGAUUUCUUUUGGUGAUCUAUUCCUGGAGGUUCGUGCUACUCCGGGGCACACAUCAGGAUGCGUCACCUACGUAACAGGGGAUGAACCUGAUCAGCCUCAUCCUAGGAUGGCAUUCACUGGUGAUGCUCUGUUGAUACGGGGAUGUGGGAGGACAGAUUUUCAGGGUGGAAGUUCAAAGCAGCUCUAUGAAUCUGUGCACUCGCAGAUUUUCACUCUGCCAAAGGACACAUUGAUCUAUCCCGCUCAUGAUUACAAGGGAUUUAGUGCUAGUACCGUAGGUGAAGAAAUGAAAUACAAUCCCCGGCUUACCAAGGAUCUGGAAGAAUUCAAGAAAAUCAUGGAACAUUUGAACCUGCCUUAUCCAAAGAUGAUGGACAUAGCAGUUCCAGCAAAUUUGGUGUGUGGAUUGCAAGAUCCAGCUUGUUAAUUCUCCUGUGAUUCAUUGUGUAAAACUGGCCUAUCUUACCAUAAGAAAAAACAAAAUAAAAAUAAAAAUAAAAUAAAACAGAGAUCAAUCGAAAACUCUAGGCUGAGAAGAGAGGUGUGGAUUCCACAAACAAAAAUAAAAAAUAUUUGUACAAAUGACAUUAUCUACUUGCCUUCUGCUAUGCCUGCCUUGGGGGUUA